CCGGCCUCCGCGUGUUAUCUGAGAGCGGGCAGGUUGAAAUAGCCCUGGGACGCACGGCUGCUAGAGGAGGAGGAGAAAAAACAAAAAGGGGGAAGGAAGAGAAAAAUGCUUAUGAAGAGGAAGUGUCACUUCCUGCCUUGUGACCACACACUUGGGUUGACAAAGUCCUGCAAAUCAGAAGGAAAGGAGUUUCUGGUGACAGGCCAGCGCCACUGACGACGGUUUUCCUGCGAGAUCUGUUGCCUGAAAGCAAUAAAAAAUGGCCCGGGGAUCAGUGUCCGACGAGGAAAUGAUGGAGCUCAGGGAAGCUUUUGCCAAAAUUGAUACGGACGGCAACGGCUACAUCAGCUGCAACGAGCUGAACGACCUGUUCAAGGCCGCGUGCCUGCCCCUGCCUGGGUACCGCGUGAGGGAGAUCACGGAAAACCUGAUGGCCGAGGGUGAUCUGGACCGGGAUGGACGCAUCAGCUUUGAUGAGUUCAUGAAGGUUUUCCAUGGCCUGAAAAGCACUGAGGUGGCCAAGACGUUUAGAAAAGCCAUCAAUAAGAAGGAGGGGAUUUGCGCCAUCGGCGGCACCUCGGAGCAGUCCAGCGCUGGCACCCAGCACUCCUACUCGGAGGAGGAGAAGUACGCCUUCGUGAACUGGAUAAACAAGGCCCUGGAAAACGACCCCGACUGUCGCCACGUCAUCCCCAUGAACCCGAACACCAACGACCUCUUCAGCGCUGUGGGCGACGGCAUCGUCCUUUGUAAAAUGAUCAACCUCUCAGUGCCCGACACAAUCGACGAAAGAACAAUCAACAAGAAGAAACUCACCCCUUUCACCAUUCAGGAGAACUUGAACCUGGCUCUGAACUCAGCCUCUGCCAUCGGGUGCCACGUGGUCAACAUCGGGGCCGAGGACCUGAAGGAGGGGAAGCCUUACCUGGUUCUGGGGCUGUUGUGGCAAGUCAUCAAGAUCGGGCUGUUCGCCGACAUCGAACUCAGCAGGAAUGAAGCCCUGAUUGCGCUCCUGAGAGAAGGGGAGAGUCUGGAGGACUUGAUGAAGCUCUCCCCCGAGGAGCUCCUGCUGAGGUGGGCCAAUUACCACCUGGAGACCGCAGGCUGCAGCAAAAUCACCAACUUCAGCACCGACAUCAAGGACUCGAGAGCCUAUUACCACCUGCUGGAGCAGGUGGCCCCGAAAGGAGACGAGGAAGGCAUUCCCGCCGUCGUCAUCGACAUGUCGGGGCUCAGGGAGAAGGAUGACCUCCAGAGAGCGGAAUGCAUGCUGCAGCAGGCGGAGAGGCUAGGCUGCCGGCAGUUUGUCACAGCCACGGAUGUCGUCCGAGGGAACCCCAAGUUGAACUUGGCUUUCAUUGCCAACCUGUUCAACAGAUAUCCUGCCCUGCACAAACCGGAGAACCAGGACAUAGACUGGGGAGCUCUUGAAGGUGAGACGAGAGAGGAGCGGACAUUCAGGAACUGGAUGAACUCCUUGGGCGUGAACCCGCGCGUCAAUCACUUGUACAGUGACCUGUCGGACGCCCUGGUCAUCUUCCAGCUGUACGAGAAGAUCAAGGUGCCCGUGGACUGGAACAGAGUGAACAAGCCACCGUACCCCAAGCUGGGGGGCAACAUGAAGAAGCUCGAGAACUGCAACUACGCCGUGGAGCUGGGCAAGAACCAAGCCAAGUUCUCCCUGGUUGGCAUCGCGGGACAGGAUCUCAACGAGGGCAACCGCACGCUGACACUGGCCUUGGUGUGGCAGCUGAUGAGAAGGUACACACUGAACAUUCUGGAAGAAAUCGGAGGUGGGCAGAAGGUGAACGACGACAUCAUCGUCAGCUGGGUCAAUGACACGCUGAGGGAGGCCGGGAAGUGCUCGUCCAUCUCCAGCUUCAAGGACCCGAAGAUCAGCACGAGCUUGCCCGUUCUGGAUCUCAUCGACGCCAUCCAGCCCGGCUCCAUUAACUACGACCUCCUGAAGACGGAAAACCUGAACGAUGAAGAGAAACUCAACAAUGCAAAGUACGCCAUCUCCAUGGCCCGGAAGAUUGGAGCACGAGUGUACGCCCUCCCGGAAGACCUGGUGGAAGUGAACCCCAAAAUGGUCAUGACGGUGUUCGCCUGCCUCAUGGGCAAAGGAAUGCGGAGAGUGUGAGGCCCGGCGGGGCGGGGCGGGGCUGCGGGCGGCUCACCCGCCUGCCGCUCAGCACCCCCAGGCUCCCGGGAAGGACGGAGACAGCCGAAGCCAUUCCAGAGUUUCCCACUGGGUGGCGCUAUCACACAGGAUUCCAAAGAGGGUAUUAUCUGUUCGUGCCGGUAGCCUGGCCUAUAUUUAACAAGUGCUUCGUUCUUUGCAAAAGACCCAAUCUCAGAAAUAUUUUUUUACCAUUGAACUUACUGCUUUUUUGAAAAUCUAUAGAGAAAAAAAAAACCCUGCUUCUUGCCAUUAGUCAAGCGUAGACGCUGCAUUGUUACUCAUGUUAACGUGCUCUUCCUAGCCAGCUUGAGGGGGUGCAUUUCUGGUUUAGGGCGAGCACCACACCAGCCCUAAAGCUAGGCGGCGGAGGCUGAGGUCUGAUCCACGGCAAGACUCCCUCUCCCCGUCCCUCCUCCUCCACUCCGCCGCCCAGGGACGUUGCUCUCCACCUGCCGGAGCUCUGCCUGCUCCAGGACCCACCUCCGCAGGCCAUGCUUGUCUCCGGGCCGCUUGGAGCAUCUGGCAAAUGAGUCAGGCUCCUGGGGUCCCAGGAGCCUCCGGUAACCUGCAGAGAAGUGACACUCCUCAUCAGAGCUUUUCCUCAGAACUAGGGUCCCAUGUGUUAUCAGUUUUUGGUGUUUUUUUUUUUUUCAGCCAAUAAGAAGCCCCCUGGUUUUUCACCCUAGGGUUGGAGCCCAGACCAGGUCUAACCCCUCCCAUACUGUGCCUUCAGGUAGAUUCUUGGUUAGAUCCACGGAGGGUGCAGUUGAGCAGCGCACCACCAGGGGGCAGCGUGGGGCCGUAACCAAGCCUCUGUCCUUUGGUGCCGCCCCGCCUGCCUCCCCAGGGACUGAGCCCUGCUGACUUGGACCUAGACCUUGGUGAGCGGGGGCUUCACGCACUCUUAGUCUCAGCGGGUCUGACUGCUGCCGGGCCGCAUUAUCAGUGUUUACUCUUCCUGGUACUGCAGGAGCCUGUCGCCACCCCCGACCUCCCAGGGGGCCAUAGAUGCCAACUAGCGGGGCCCCCGCGGGACCCCACCCCACCCCACACGGCCGCACACACACACCUAGCCAUACCUAGCCGAUGUCAAGCUGGAUAAGCACCGGCUGAGUUGCUUUACAAAGAGCUAUUUUACUGGAUAUUUAAAGAAUUCCCAGCUGAAGCCCGAGGCGCCGCCCACCUCCUAGAUCGCACACCUAGAUCGUGAAAACCCACAGGGACCAGAACGCUGUGGGCCCGCACUAGGGCUCACCCGCAAGGUGUCGUCUCAGAGGGGCUGGGGGUGCGUCGUGGAGCUCGGCCGCCUUUCAAAGCCGUUGCAGCCAGUCACCCCGGGCCUGCUCCCGGGGCCCAGACGGGAGCCAGUCACGUCCCUGGCGUCGUCGUGGUCCGGAUGCGAGGAGGUUGGCCUCGGGUCACCCCGCGCUCACCGUGGCCUCGGGAGAGUCUCCCCCGUCUGCCUCCGAGAAGAGUGUUACUGCCUUAACGCCCGGAAUCUGUCCCAAUAAAAUGUCCCUGAGACUGGA